CAAGAGGUGCAUAUAUACACGUAUCACCACCACCCUACUUACAACUCCCAUACAUACAUACAUACCCCACUCACUCAGUCACCACCAUCAAUGGAAGUAGCACUACUCCUUGUCGUCCUCCUUUUGGGUGUGGUGUCCGGGCACCCUUCGUGCUACUCCAACGACGGCGACUCCAGCCUCAAAGUGUUCCACAUCUCCAGCCCCUGCUCCCCCUUCCGCCCCAAGACACCUCUUUCAUGGGCGGAGACCGUCCUUCAAAUGCAGGCCGACGACCACACUCGCCUCGCCUACCUCUCCAGCUUAGUCGCCGGCAGGUCCUUUGUUCCCAUUGGCUCCGGCAGGAAGCUCAUACAAAGCCCUACUUACAUCGUCAGGGCCAAGAUCGGAACCCCGCCUCAGACCUUGCUCAUGGCUCUGGACACCAGUGCCGACAUAGCCAUGGUUCCAUGCGCCGGCUGCCUCGGCUGCACCUCUGCGCCUUUUGCUUUUGCCAAAUCUACCACUUUUAAACCCAUUGACUGUGCUGCUGCUCAAUGCAAGCAGGUGCAAAACACAAACUGUCUAGGAACGACAUGCUUGAUGAACAUGACGUAUGGGGCUUCAUCUAUAGCAGCUAACUUGGGUCAAGACAAUAUAACCCUAGCCACGGACUCGGUCGCUGGCUACUCUUUCGGGUGCAUUCAAAAGGCCGUAGGAGGCUCCCUCCCAGCGCAGGGCGUUUUAGGCCUCGGGCGCGGUCCCCUCUCCUUGAUAUCUCAAUCCAAAACCCUCUACAAGUCUAUUUUCUCCUACUGCCUGCCCAGCUUCAAGUCUCCUAACUUCUCAGGAACCCUACGACUCGGUCCUAAUGGCCAACCCAAGAACAUCAAGUACACACCAUUACUUGCAAACCCUAGACGCCCUUCACUUUACUAUGUUAAGCUCAUCGGAAUCAAAGUCGGCCCCAAGCUCGUCAACAUCCCACCAACCGCUUUCGCCCUCAACCCGAGUAAUGGAGCCGGCACCAUCAUCGAUUCAGGGACCGUAUUCACGAGGCUGGUCACUCCGGCAUACACCGCGGUUAGAGACGAGUUCAGAAGGCGCAUGGGCCGAAACGCUGUGGUGUUGUCGCUAGGCGGGUUCGACACGUGCUACACCGUCCCUAUCAACAAACAGGUGCCCACAAUGACGUUCUUGUUCGAUGGGGCGGAGUUGUCGAUGAAACAAGAGAACUUCCUGAUCUACAGCUCCGCCGGCGGCGUCACCUGCCUGGCCAUGUCGGCGUCGCCGUCGCUGAACGUGAUCGCCAAUAUGCAGCAACAGAAUCAUCGGAUCCUUUUUGAUCUGGCAAACUCAAGGAUCGGCAUCUCGGCUGAAACCUGCUCUUGAAUCACGUGACCUCCAUUAUGGCCCUCACGGUUUUCAGAUUUGUCUCUUGUUUUGUAUUAUUAGUAAGAGUCAUCACAUGGAUGUUCAAGUUUGCAGGCUUUCUUUUUAGUUUCAUAUGCUACCUUUCUAUUUAUGUUCUAGAAUAAUAAUGCUAUGUACUUCUCAAAUUUAAAUAAUAUCUCCUAAUUUUUAUUUUC